AUGGCAGAAGCUCUCAGAUCCAAAGUCGAUGAAGGCGAUGAGUCUAGUUUCAGCGAGAACAAGGUAAGAAGCUUCCUCUCGCCUUUUACUUGCUUCAAUCAUGUCAUGUUACGUCACGGAAUUGGGAGAAGGAUAAAGGAGGCAUGGGGUAAAUUAGAACAUAUCAAAACAGAGAUGAGCCAAUUGGGUCUUAGUGUAGAUCGAGGAGAGAGUGAGAGAGUGGAUAGUGAAGUGAGGCGGGGCGAGAUCGAAGAGCGAGAAACAGGCUCCCUGCUCCACCAAUCGUCAAUUGUAGGUAGAGAAAAUGAUAAAAAGGAAGUUGUAGACUUGCUGCUGAGGGAGAAUGGUGGAGAAGUAAAUGAGACGCCCAUUGUCAUUUCUAUUGUUGGAAUGGGGGGAUUGGGCAAGACCACUCUUGCCCAGCUCGCCUACAACAAUGAGGAUGUGACAGGGCAUUUCGACAUGAGAAUGUGGGUGUUUGUUUCAGUACAUUUUGAUGUGAAAAAGAUUACGAAAUUAAUCAUAAAAUCUGCAAAUGGGUCUAGCUGUGAAUCACUAGACCUGGAUCAGUUGCAACAUCACCUCCAUGAAAUCUUGCAUGCGAAGCAAUUCUUGCUUGUGCUUGAUGAUAUUUGGAGUGAAAAUAGUGAGAAGUGGGAUAAAUUGAGACUUCCCUUCCAAGCCGGUGCAUUAGGGAGUCGAAUCAUUAUAACCACUCGCAGUGAAAAGGUUGCACUGGCGAAGGGAAACACCCACAUGUAUAAACUGGCAGUUUUAUCCGAAGAAAAUUGCUGGUUAUUGUUCAGCCGUAGAGCACUCGAUCAUCGAAGUGCAGAAGAGCGUUCGGAAUUGGAAGAGACUGGAAGGGAAAUUGUAAAAAAGUGUGGAGGCGUGCCUCUCGCAGCAAAGACAAUAGGGAGUGCCAUGCGCUCGAGAAGGACAAGAAGCCAGUGGGAUCUUGUCUUGGGAAGUGAUAUAUGGACCACAGGCGAUACCUUGGGAGGCAUUUUACCAGCUUUGUUACUAAGCUACUAUAAUCUGCCUCCUGCUCUAAAGCAGUGCUUCAUGUAUUGCUCCGUUUUUCCGAAAGAUUGGUGGAUCAACAAGGAGAGCAACACGGACGUGAUCGUCAAGCUAUGGGUGGCCCAAGGUUUCAUCCACUCCGAGGGAAGCGGAGAUGUGGAGGAAAUCAGCAAACUAUAUUUAGAUAAUUUGUUAAGGCGCUCAUUGCUCCAAGCCGCAGAAAUGGAUAGUUAUGGCAACAAGUGCAAGAUGCAUGAUUUGGUUCAUGAUCUUGCGCAAUUUGUUACAGGAAGUGACUGUUCGAUAGUGGAGAUCGGAAAGCAAGCCUCCUCGAAAAUAAAAAAUGUCCGUCAUUCUUCUUUAAUCGCCAAUUAUGAAGAAGAUGCUGAUAAUGAAGUGGCUUCUACUUGGGCUACCCUUUAUAAGGCCCACAAGCUGCGGACAUUGUUACUCGCCCCAAGCAUCUCCAGCCUGCCAAACAAUUUAUUUCAUCAUUUGAGACGGCUUCGAGUAUUCGACGCGAGUUUUACUAGCAUUACGAAAUUGUCUCAAACAGUAGGACAGUUGAAACACUUGAGAUAUCUUGAUUUAUCUUAUACAAGCGUAAAAGAGUUGCCAGCAGCAGUGAGUAAUUGCAGAAAUUUAUGGACCUUGAAACUCAAUAGUUGUUUUAGGCUAAGAAAACUGCCUAGAGGGAUGAGGAAGAUGAUUAGCCUGAGACAUCUAGAAUUAGAAGACACCCACAUGCUGAAGUACUUACCUCAGGGUAUAGGGAGACUAACUGGCCUUCAGAUGUUAACACGUUUCAUUAUGGGGGAUAGAGACGACGGAUGUAAAUGCGGAGAACUGAAAAACCUCAAUCACCUUCAAGGAAGACUUCGAAUUAUCGGCUUGGAAAAUAUCGGGAGCGCAGAUGAAGCUAGGGAGGCAGAACUGUAUAAAAAGCAGCACCUUCAUGCUAUAUCCUUGCAGUACUACGACAGACGUGAACUGUUGGAUGACGAGAUGAAGAGGAUGGAAGACGUGCUCCAAAGCCUCCAGCCCCACAGAAACCUGAAAGAGUUUCAAAUAUUGCAUUACCAAGGUUCCAAGCUUCCCAAGUGGCUAGAGGAUCCAGCAUUCUCCAAUCUAGUCAAGGUGCAUCUCGAGAAAUGUCAGAAGUGUAAACAACUACCGGGUCUUGGGAAACUACCGUCUCUUAAAUCUCUUGAAAUUAUGGAAAUGGAAGAGGUGAGAUAUGUGGGUGGUGAGUUUAUUGGGGAUGAUAACAACGACAGAAGUGGUGGUGGUGGUGUCUCAUUCCCAAAGCUGGAGACCUUAAUGUUUUGGGGCAUGCCAAAUUGGGAGGAGUGGGAAUUGAGAGGUGGAGAUGUUAUGCCAUCUCUCCUCCAAUUAGAAAUACAUAAUUGCCCAAAGCUAAAGGCAUUGCCCUGCAACCUUCCAUUGCUCCUCCAGAAGCUGGCUUUAAACAUAAGUAAUGAAGGGAUGUUGUCAGGAGGGCCCCUACCCAUCCUCCCCAACCUCAACCAUUUGGUGAUUUGGUACAGUCCUGAGCUAAAAAUGCUCCCUUGUGGUUGGUUGGGACAAUUCAAGGUCCUCCGAAUUUUGGAAAUCUACAGGUGUGAACAGUUGGAGUCUCUACCAGAGUUGCAACAUCUCACCAUGCUUCAAGAAUUGAAGAUCAUGUGCUGUCCAUUGUUACGAGACCGCUACCGAGAUGGAGGAGAAGGUCGGGGCAAGAUUUCCCACAUCCCUCGUAUCGAAAUUGUUACUUGA